GGCGGGGCGGCGGCGGGGGGCGCGGAGGCUUAGCCCGCGAAGGCGGUCGGCGGCGGCUGGAGCGGUCGAGCGGCGGCCGUGUGGGAUGGGAUGGAGCACGGCGGCAGAUAAAGCCACCUGAGUGUGUUAACAAGUUAUAGAACAGCUGUCUUCUCAAACGUGUAAACAGAAAGGAUGUUCUCUACUCCCUUUUUUUAAAUGGGGGCUGCAGCUUGUCUGCUGCUGCAGUGGGAAAGAGAAACCUUUUGAGCAGGGGAAGAAGCUGGAGAGCAGGUUGUGAGCCAUGCCUUUGGUGAAAAGGAACAUUGAACCGCGGCAUCUCUGCCGAGGAGCUCUGCCAGAGGGAAUUACUAGUGAACUGGAAUGUGUAACGAAUAGUACCCUUGCUGCUAUCAUACGCCAGCUAAGCAGCUUAAGCAAACAUGCUGAAGACAUAUUUGGUGAAUUGUUUAAUGAGGCCAACAGCUUCUACAUCAGAGCAAAUUCCCUUCAAGACAGAAUUGAUCGCCUUGCUGUCAAAGUUACCCAGCUGGAUUCGACAGUAGAAGAGGUAUCGUUACAGGAUAUCAACAUGAAAAAAGCAUUUAAGAGCUCAACAAUUCAAGAUCAGCAGGUAGUUUCAAAGAACAGCAUUCCUAACCCUGUGGCUGAUAUUUAUAAUCAGAGUGACAAACCACCACCUCUGAAUAUUCUUUCACCUUACAGGGAUGAUAAGAAAGAUGGAUUGAAGUUCUAUACUGAUCCUUCCUAUUUUUUUGAUCUUUGGAAAGAAAAAAUGUUACAAGAUACUGAAGAUAAGCGAAAAGAAAAGAGGAGACAAAAGGAGCAAAAGCGCAUAGAUGGCACCACCCGUGAGGUGAAAAAGGUUAGAAAAGCCAGGAACAGACGCCAGGAGUGGAAUAUGAUGGCAUAUGACAAAGAGCUUAGACCUGACAACAGGUUGUCUCAAAGUGUGUACCAUGGAGCAUCUUCCGAGGGAUCACUGUCCCCAGAUACUAGGUCCCAUGCAUCUGAUGUUACAGAUUAUUCUUAUCCUGCUACUCCGAAUCAUUCCCUCCAUCAGCAGAUAGCAAUGCCUUCAUACGGAACAGGAGAUGGUCCACAGUACAUGGCAGCAUCCCAAAGCCAUGAGCAUGAAUACAGACCACCUUCCACCACUGUACGACAUGCUACUUUAAACAGACCUCAGCAACCACCUCCACCUCCACCCCAGCCUUCAGAGGGCCAACAUAGCUCAGUACCUGUGGUACCAGCAGAAUAUGGGAUGCUUCCAGCUCAGAUGGUGGAUUAUUACAAUCCCACAGGUCCUCCCCCUCCUCCUCCUCCCCCUAUGAUUCCUUCAGCACAAACGGCAUUUGUUAGUCCCCUCCAGCUUCCUGUGCCACCUUCCCAUUCUGGACUGGUGACUGGCUCUACCUAUGCAGCUACUCAUCCUCCUCCUUCUAGUGGGCUUGUUGUCACUGCUCCUCCUCCUCCCGGCCCACCUCCUCCCCCUCCGGGCCCUCCUGCUGCAGGUUCAUCCCUCUCUUCCUCCCCAAUGCAUGCUCCUCCGGCUGCAGAGGCGAAACGUCACGAACCUGCACAGCCGCCAAUAAGCGAUGCACGGAGCGAUCUUCUUGCUGCCAUUCGAAUGGGAAUCCAGCUGAAGAAGGUGCAGGAACAACGUGAGCAAGAAGCAAAGCGAGAGCCUGUUGGAAAUGAUGUGGCAACCAUCCUUUCAAGACGCAUUGCUGUGGAAUACAGCGAUUCUGAUGAUGAUUCAGAGUUUGAUGAGAACGAUUGGUCAGAUUGAACCUGGUCCAAGCCCAGUGGCAAGUUCAGUAAAUACUUGGCUUCAGUGAUUACUUUCUUAGCAAGAUGUAAAGCAGGACGCUGACAUGUAUUAAGGCUAGUGAUCGAAGUGCUAAAAUUGAGUUGGUAUUAUUCAGAAGGCUGUAGCUUAGCAACUCUGGUAAUGAUGAUGUGAUUAUGCUUAUGCAGAUCAGAAACUUGUCUUACUUUCAGUAUUUACCGCAUAAUACUUAAGUGCCACUAAAUGUAGCAAAUCAUGUGCUGCAUGCAAAAUAUGCUGCAGUUGUUGCACUGUUACAGAACCAGCAUUUUAUUUUACUUUCCUGAUCUUGAAGGGAUAAAAUAUAUUUUUUUGACUUUACAUCUUAUUCUUUUAAUUAUGUAAGCAAUGUAGGUACUUGUGAAUUGGUCUGGUUGUUAGUCUUUGAGGGCAGUUAACUAUAUGACUGAGUGAAGUGUUGAGUUCCAUAAAUAGGACUUUUAGCUUUUUUUAUUAGUUACUGAUUAUGCCCACCUUAGUCUAUUUUUAAUCACUUCUGGGCUUAGGUUUUUUUGCGUAUAGAAUUGUUUUUAUAUAAUCUUUUUUUUUAAUCUUAAAAAUGUAGAAGAUGAUGAAAUGUAUGCUUUGAAGAAGGAAUCCACGUGAUCCAAAAUUACCGUUUUGUGAGCAGACUGGCUAAGUUUCUAACAGCACCAGCUCUGGGUUUGCUGGCUGCUUGUUGGGCAGAGUGCUGGGGAGUCCCUGAUAGGUAGCGGAUUCAUGUCCACAUUUCAAAUGAAAGUUAAAAUACCUGUAGAGGUUUUCAGUUUUGUGGUACAGAUCACCUAGAUGCAAAGACUUCAGGAUAGACCUGAUUGAAGCCAUACGGUUAUUGCAGUGUAGAAAUGUGACUCUCUUAUUACUGAACAUUGGAACAGUCCAGAUCUAGCAAUCAGAUACAUUUCACAAGUAUUAAACUUGGGUUUUAUGCCUGGAGGUAUAAAUGUUUGUAAAUAAGUGUUGUUGUUGGUUUGUACAUGUAUAGUCAUGACAGAUCGUUUUCUGUUUCCUGUAGCACGUUUGCUCAAAACUAUUAUUUUGAAUGUAUUUCUUUUCCAGUACAUCCCGUUGAUAAAACAUUGGCAGUUAAAGCAGUUGUAAUGUCUGUUUAGGUACUAUGCCAUAUAUAUGCACACACUUGUUUUUUCCUUCCCUAGGAAGAGUUGCUGCCAUACAGUCUGCUUUGGCUGUCUGUUUUCUUUAAAAGUAAUAACCUUUUUUUUUUGUACAGUAUUGAAAUGUUUUUUUUGGUUUUUUCUUUCUUCUGGACUGAGAGUCAGGCUGCUGCUUUGCCUAAUGAGGCUUUUUAAAAAUGUAUUCAUAGCGGGGGAAGAGUUCUUUCCUUACCAGAUUACAGUUUUAAUCUUUGUAACUGAAGUCUGUGUAAUUCCAGGUCCGACGUUUGGUAAAGCUCCUUUUUUCCAUGAGACCCUGUCUGUUCUUAAAAAAAGAAAGUAUGUAAAAUAAAAAGAGAAAUGGAAGAUUAUUAUCUAACUUGUGUUUAAACAAUUAACAGGCCUGGAAAUGUAACAGUCUAACACGAUGUUUGCAUGUGAACUAUCGGCUACUGCAUUUGCUGUUUAUUCUGCGUUAUGAGUUUUCAAUCUGCGGUGGCUGUCUUUAUGGUAGGGUGGUAACAUCCUGCCUCGAUGUUGGGGUUAAAAUUUAUCACGUAAAGUAUGACCAAUGUCUGCAUAACGGCGAGCAGCUUCAGCUCUUGGGAACUGGUGGCAGCUGGAGGUACUCAUCUCUGUUGCAGUUGGAGCUGGCUUUGUCUUUGCCUUGAACUACAGAGCUGAAGUCUGCUUUAUUUUGUGUGCUGGAGUCUGGGGUCUGUGUGUCCACCACAGAGGACAGAAUUUAGGCCGUAGCCCGAUGGUGGUUUUCAUCACUGUAUGAGAGAUGACUUAUGCUGUGCUUGCGGAGUGGCUUGCAAAAUGAUUCUUUGGAGGGAGCGGGCUAAAAGCGUAACUGGGACUGCAUCAUUACGUCGCUGUAUAGGUGGGGAGAGUACUCUCAGUAUUCUUUUAAUACAUGCUGAAAAGAAAUAUCUCAGCAGAAAAUUCUUUCCAAUCUAAUGAAAUUUGAUAUGACAGAAGAUAUAUUUUAUGAGCACAGGAGUUGGGUGUGUCUGAAAUUUUGUAAUUUGUGUUAAUUUUAAAUAAUAAGCAUUCAACAAGCAAUCAGUUGUGACCAGUUAAGAUAGUGUAGAUUUUUUCAGUCAUAGUAGCUGACCUGUUUUUCUGAACCUGCAAUGUUGUCAUUUUCCUUUCGAUAUUUUAUUAAUAGAAUGUGAAUUGAAUUUAGUGAUGUAAACUAAUAUUAUUCUAGGCUGUUUUUAUCAGUUUUAUCACACUUUGAGUUGUGAAGAAGUAACAAAUAUGAAUAAAAUCUCACUUUUAAGCCUGUGUUUCUUUCCUUAGAUUAGUAAGAUUUUGCUAUUCUUUAUCCCUUCUUGAUAAAUAACGGAAAUGAAAAUGUAGAGCUCCCAAAUGCUAUCUGUGAUCCCAGGAACCACAAUUUUACUGCGUUGGAGGCUGGAAUCUACAAAACCAGACUCCUUUUAAGGUCCUGCUGCUCCUCCUAACGUGCAUACUUCUUUGUUCUUUUGCAACCUUGAUGCAAGCUCCAAGUUGAAGUUCUUGGCUGGUGUAAACAGGCUUUAAUUUCCCUACACGUAGCUUUAUUCUUUUUUUCAGUGAAAUGCAUUAAACAGCUUUGCUUCCAAAAAGAACAGAACAGAAUGUACGAGUUGUAUUAGCAAGUUCCCUUCCCCACUUUUUUUAAUAAGAACGAGUCUUCGUCAGUUAAUGACACCAAGCACGAUACUGUAAAAUGCAAACCAAUGUCUGCCUACUUGAAAAAUAUUUUUAAUCUUUUAAUUGCAAUCAGGUUAAGACCUGGUAUGGUAACAGGAGAGGCUUUUCAUCAUACUGGGAAGAACUUACAUAAACCAAUUGUGUAAUACAGUAGCCUAAUUGUAAAUUUAAAAGAUUUGUUUAUGCAUCUUAGACUUGGUUGUUUCCUGGGAAAAAAAAUUAAUCUUUACUCUGUUCAACUGAAAAUUCCAGGCCCUCUUGCGCUUGCUUCUUAUUUUGCUGAAAUUUUCCAUCAUUGAUUUGACCUUAACUCAGGUGAUUUAGAGCAAAGACACCAAUAAAAACUGAAUUUAUGAGCUUGCAAUUUGGUUCAAAGGCUGUUUAGUGAAGCAUUUAUAACUGCUCGUUUAUCAGUUGGAGUUAAGACUGAUCACUCGGUGUACCGCUUCUACAGGUUUUAUGGUUGUCUUUUGAAUGUUAAAAAAUAUUUCCAUGCAACUAAACUGGCAUCACUUGAGUUUUUAGGUAUUUUGGAUUUUUCUGUACUAAGAUGAACUGCAUGAAGAAUAAGGGAAAAAAAAAAAUCUUUAUUGUGAGAGAGGUGCAUGCUGUUCAGAACAAGCUCAAAAUUGAGCUCGUUUGUGGUAUGCAAAUGGAGUUGGGAGGAAGGGAAAUUUACUCUUCGGGAAAUCUAUUCCUGUGAUGUAUUUUGCAGGUAUGCUGUCUCUCAUGUGCCAGGCGUAGUUUUAAUAAUGAAGAGGUGUUUGCUUCCACUUGAAAUAACACACAGAAGGAUACAGCAGAUGUGUAACUUCUGAAAAUGUUUAAAAUCUCACUGUAAACUGAACUGAGUGUAAACCUCUGAUGAUAAUGAAAAAUUCAUUAGAAUCUUGAGGCUGGAAGCUGA